AAGACCUUCAGUCUGAGAGAAAUACCCACCAAUCUACGGAGUACACCAUAGCCUAUUUCUUUCAAAUCCACCGGCAGUCCUUUAUUUAGCUUUUCGUCUGUCAAGCAAGCGUGGUCUUGACUCUUAGGAAUUUCCUACUCGGUCGUGGGUCGCUGCAAGCUAGAUACCGGCCCACCGCAGCCACACCAAUAGCAUCCCGAUAUCCUCAAGCCACGGACCAGCUAUCAGCAGCCCAAUGAUCCGUUCUAGCCCUAAAGGAGACUUCCUUUUUCAGCCCCUCGUAAAGCACCCCGCUCUCGUCAGCCGCAGCACAGGCUUGAAGCGUACGUGCCCAUGCAUUGGUUCGUUGUGACUUGGGGUUCAGUGCGAAUCGGUACAAGCGAUGCUGACAGCCGGAGAGGAUGGAUCAGAUGUCCCGAAUCUGACAGGAAUCAUAGCCUGAUUCCCUAAAGAUUGUCACAUGAGGCCAGACCCCACCGUCCAUUCGUUUCUUGAUGAGGUUUCGGCCCAAAGUUGCGCGAUUCCUAUAAAUCCAGGUGUCCCACCAUAAGCCGGUAUCAUCAUUUCUCCCAUUGUAGUUCUCUCUGGAUCAUGCCUUCGUGGAGGUAGCGACCGUCUGUUUCCCUCGACGCAUAGCAACAAUGACGGUUCCAAAGAACCAGAUCCCCGCCAUCUACGAGCGGGCCAUUCAGAAGUACCAGGAGAUCACCGACGAGCCGUUCGACGUGCAAUUCCUGGUGAAAAUUCAGAAUGUCGAGGAUCUCACCAAAGAGAUAGACGCCAGGAACAACAGCUUCCGUGAAUUCCGCGAGAAGAGGGGCGCAAUCUUCGAUGUUCUUAACGCCGCCAUGAUCCCGGUGCAGCUGUUUGGCGAUUUGGCCGCGGGUGGUGCCUCCAUGGUCUUCCCACCGAGUAGCCUUGUCUUUGGGGCCGUCACCUACUUGAUGGGGGCUGCGAAGGGCGUGUCUGCGUCCUACGAUGCGAUCCAGGAUUUGAUGGGUACAUUGAAGGACUUCACUAUCCGGCUGAAGGCGUAUAGCCAGGAGUCCAUAUCCGACGAUUUAAGCAAUAAGCUCAGCGACAUUCUCGUCACACUGGUCGAGAUUCUUGCCCUGUCGACCAAAACCAUUCGCCGAGGCCGGCUGCUCAAGUUCACGCGCAAUAUCCUGCUCGGCAGCAACGAUGCGAUUCAGGGGGCGAUGGGUAAGCUGGACAAACUAACGAGAGUCGAGGCACAUUUAGUUGGGGCAGAGACGCUGACCGAGUCAAAACGGACUGGCCGGGUGGUGGACGGCAUGUCGGCCACGGUCACCUCGACCCAUACCACCGUGAUCGAAACGGGCAUGACGGUGAACCAAGUGAAUCUACGGGUGAAUGAGGUGCAGGAGAUGCUAGGCACUUUGCUGGUGUCGGUGAAGGAGAACAAGCAAGACAACAGUGAGGAUCGUGAAAAGGCAUUGCAGGAACAUGUCAACAAGAUCCUCCGGCCAUCCAAGACGGAUUCUGCUCAGGACUGGUAUGAUAAGAUCAACAAGGCCCGUAUCCCGGGCACCGGGGAUUGGGUUCGAGAUGAACGUAUCUUCAAUGAGUGGCGUGCCCAGGAUAUUCCGGUUAUGUUUAUAUCGGGGAAUCCGGGUGCUGGAAAGUCCUACAUCGUGGCGAAUAUGAUCAGCCUGCUUCUCGAGUUGCAUCCUCAGGGGGUUCAAAACACGUCACUGACUUCGGUGGGAUUUUUCUUUUUCAAGGACGACAAUCCGGGUACGAGAUCAUUUCACCAGGCCUUGCGCGACCUCGCGUUGCAAAUCAGCAAAAAUGACCCCGUGUAUCUGAAACACCUCGCCGCUAUUGAAAAUUACGAGGCGAUCAGCACCCUCGAAAGCGCAUGGCGACUCCUCUUUGUUGACUACUUCGUGAAAACCCCCAACGCCGACAGCAAUGUGUAUAUACUGUUCGAUGGCGUGGAUGAAGCAUUUGACGACGAGCGGCGGACUUUCCUGCGUCUGGCAAAAGACCUCUACGAUUCUACCCAGCCGUCACACCUGCAGCUGGCUGUUAUUGGCCGACCUCACAUCAGUGACCAGUUGCUGGAAGGUCUCGAGGUGGAGGUCCCGACCAUUUAUGUCACGACGCAGAAGAACUCGAAAGAUAUCAACCAGUACAUCCAUGCGAGCAUCAAGAAGUCUGUGGUUCUGAGAAGAGUGUCAGCGAAGCUACGUCAGGAGAUCGUGGAAAAGCUAUCGGCCAGAGCGGAGGGGAUGUUUCUCUGGGUGAACCUCAUGCUCCAAGAGCUCGUCAAGAAACGGAACGAGUCCAGUAUUCGGAAGGCGUUGGACCAAGCACCCAAGGGUCUGAAAGAAAUGCUCCGCCAUGUUCUCCUCAGCUUCUCGACGAGCUCUAAUGAAGAGGAGCUUGAGUUUCUCAAUGAGAUCCUGCUAUGGGUCACCUGUUCAAGGCAACCCUUAACGCUGGCCGAGGUAGAGUCCAUCCUCAAGCUGAAGUCACCCGAAGGGGACGGUAUGAUCUAUCCCGAAGGCGCCCUGCGGCGCCAAUUUGCCUCCUUCUUCAGCCUGGACCGCGAGGAUGGGCUCACCACGGCGGAAUUGCAGAUGAUGUCCACGAACCGGACCAAUUUCGAUGACUCGGAGGAUGAAGGGGAAGAGAGAGAUGGUGAUCAGGAGGCUUUUGAGGAUGUCGAGAACUUUACGGAUUUUGACUCUCACAAAGAAACAACCACAGUCACCUUCUGCCACGCAUCCAUUGGCGAUUUCUUCCGUGAUCCGACAGAAGGGAAGGUGUCCGAUGAGGAAAGCCAUGUCCCUGUGGGUGUCCAUUACCUGAACGCGAAGGCGCACGUGCUGAAGACCUUCUUGCGAAUCUUUACCGAUAAGGAGUUCGCGACAAAAGCCGACGAUGCUGAGCAUAUGCUCCGUCAUGCCGCCGAAAAUUGGGUUCACCAUCUCCUGACCACGCGCGCUUCGGACUGCUCGCUGGAGGAUAGACGCGAUAUUGCCAAGAUGCUGCUGGUGGCGCUGAGAUCUGAAGACGUGAUCGCGGGCUGGAUUGGCUAUCGGGGCUGGGUCUCCACGGAGGCCAAUACUCGAGCGGUCCGCCAGUGGUGGGACGAUGAGGACGUGUUGGAGUCAUUAACGCCGGAAGAGCAAGAGUUCAUCUCUUCGACCGAGGCGGAUCCCAUCACAACAUUCCAGCCGGUCGUCAUGUUAUGCACGAAGAAAUGGGUCGCGGACGAUAUGUGGUUGGCUGCUCCUGUGGCUGCUGUCGCGUGGAGCUACCAGAGUCUCAUGAAGGGCAAAGAGGUGAACUUCCUCGAAAGGUUUGACCCGACGCCGGACGAGAUCAUUGAAGCUGCUGGGUUUGGCGAUUUUGAAAAGAAUGCCCUUUGGCAUCGCCGAUGCGCCAUGGUCCUGCGCCAAUUGCAGUAUUUCGACCAGGCGUUGGAGUACUUCUCGAAAGCAGUUGAGCUCGACCCUGACAUGUGGCUGAGCAAAGCGGGCAUGGCGAUCGUAUAUUCCAUGAAACAGGAAUGGCAGAAGGCUGUCGACCUUGAUGAGGAAAUCAUGCGGACCUUGUCAGCCCAAAUUGAAUCUGAUCCAGAGAAUUUGCAACUCAAAGGAAGUAUUCACACCUGUCUAGAACGCCUGGGCAACUCCUAUCAGAAGCUCGGGGAUUUGGACAAGCGGUUUGAGGCGUAUAAGAGGGCACAGGCGCUAACACCCUACUGCGACACAUGUAUCAAUGUGCUUCUGGAACAUUAUGGUACCACUCACAACCAUGAAGCCACCAUUGACCUGCUCCAGCAGUUAGCCGACACACCGGUUCCGGACGAAGAUAUUUCACGGUUGACACAGUCGCUGUGGGACAACCCGGAAGAAGACACGCGUUACUUCGUGCUCGCUGCCGAUGCGGCAUUGGCUACCGACAACCUCAGUUUCAUGGUGGAGGCAUGGCGCACUGCAGCCCGCGCAGCUCGGAAGGCGUCUAAGACGGUCACCGCCGCCCAGCUCGACAUGUCCCUGGCUCGGAUCUACAGCGAAUUCCUCCAUGAUCAGGCCAAGGCUGUCAAGCGCUGGGAGAGGAUCAUGAACACGUAUGCAUCGUCAAAGGACGAAACCGUGAUUGGCUUUGCGAAGCUGAAGGCCUCCGUCGCAUUGGCCAAACAGUUUCUCUGUGACGCUGUCGAGGCCGGAGUCGGAACGGCGCAAGCGGAAGAAGCGGGAGCAAAGCUCGAGAAGCUUGGAAGACAUGUGAAGCUCAAUGAUGAGUCGGCGCUGUGGACGGUCUCCAGCAUGCGCGCGAUUUGCUUAGGCAUCUACUACCGCUUGAGCGGGCGUGACGCGGACGCUCGGGCUCUCUUCAAGCCAUCCAUCCAACGGGGAAUUGCGAUUCUCUCUGAUGAUGAUCCUGAGAACGACGUGUUAGGGUUUCUUGACCUCCUCAACGCCCUGGUGGCGGCAGGCGAUGUCAAAAACGUGACGGCCGUUGCCUAUCAUGAGGUCCUGGGAAAAUACCAGGUCGGUGAUCCACAGGAAGCAAUGGACAAUGACAGUCCUGGCGAUGAGGACGCCUUCUGGCUCACCUGUGACGGCCCAUGUCGCAAAGAGCUUCCUUCGCUGGACGAUUAUUAUCAGUGUCCCAUCUGUCUCGACACCGGAUUCUGUCCACCCUGCGUCCAACAGCUUGCGGAGGGGACCAUGGGCAUCCGAAUCUGCAAUCCGAAACAUAUCAAGGAUUUUAUCUAUGUUCCCCCGCGACCUCGGAAUGUCCCCGCGGGGAAGAUGCUGGUGGAUGGGGAGGAGGUCGACUUUGAGGUAUGGAAACAGCAGCUGAGAAAGGAGUGGGGGGUUUAAUCCUUCUGUGGUUGCAAGACUGCAAGUAUAUAGUUGCCGAAACGCAUUUAAUUUCUCCGAGAUGAUACAGAGCUGAAUACAUAAAAUCGGUUCAAAUAUCCAUCCGCAUCAGCGUUCCUACCCAUGGCGCCGUAUUGGCUCUUGGCAGACUAAAGUCCCCGACCACCUG